GCCGUGUUUGAAGGCACUCCCGCCCCGAGCCUUCCGGAUGAGACUCCUUCUUAUCGUUGCGUGGCUCGCCCUCCUCGUCGUCGCGGUCGCUGCAUGGACCAAGGAGGACUACGAGAUCUUCGACCUCGUUAGCGCAAUAGAAGCGGCCGAGGGGAAGGGCACGUCAUUUUAUUCCUGGUUGGAGGUGUCGCCUAGUGCGUCCACGUCUGAGAUUGCACGGGCGUAUCGCAAAAAGAGUGUACAACUACACCCGGACAAGAACCCAGGCGUGAAGGGUGCACAUGACAUAUUCGCCAGGCUAGGAGUCAUCUCUAAGAUUCUCAGGGACACUGAAGGUCGCAAACGCUAUGACUUCUUCUACAAGAACGGCGUCCCGAAAUGGCGAGGCACAGGGUACUAUUACUCCAGAUUCCGACCUGGACUUGGAACGGUUGUCGUAUUCCUGGCAAUCGUAACCUCCGUUCUUCAAUACGUGGUGCAACGACUCAACUACCAGCGCGAUCUGAAGCGGGUGGAAGAGGUUACCGCUCAAGCCAAGUCAGCGGCCUGGGGCAACAGGCUCACACCUGGCGAGGGCCAAAGGAAGGUCAAAGUUAAUCUUGGUGGCGCUCCACGGAUCGACGAAGACGGCAGUCUAGUCCCGGGCAGGAUGGUGGAUAUGGUCGUAGAAGGCAACGACGUGUUUAUCCUCGAGGAGGAUGGCAGCUUGCUACCAGUCGACAAUUCAACCGCAGUUCCUCCGUCGUUCAGUAGGACAUGGCCUGUUGUGCUUGCGUCUAGUCUUUACGCUAAGAUCGUCGGAGGCCAGAAGGCUGUCGAUCAAGAAGAUAAAGAAGAGAGCGAGGACACUUCGGGAACAGCAUCUGACGCGCCCGGCAGCGGGACUGUUACGCCUAGGGAACGUAAGACGCGUACAGCAAACGGAGGGCCGGUGGCUACAUCAAUGGCUGGGGGCCGCAGGCGGAAAGCGGUGAGGAAGAAAUGAUGACCGGAGGCUUAGCCGUGGAGUAGCCGAUACGUUUAGCUCUGCUCUGAAUUUGUGUCUUUCCGAGGGUAAUAAAAAAUGGGUCCGCUUGCCUC